AUCGCUGCCCUUCUGAAAAAAUUUCCCAAGAAAAGGCGGUUUCUUGUUUGUUUUGUUUUUCUAUAUUUCCCUCUCUAGGGUUUUACUUGGGGCUUUUUCAAAAAUUUCCAAAACCCUAAAACCAAAAUCCAAAUGCAGAAUCAAAACAAUCAAGAACAACAAUAAUAAUAACAAUAGUAAAAAAAGAUUUUUGAAUAAAAAAUAUCACACAAAUGUCGUUUUCUCUAUUCUCAACUCCACAACCUCAAUCUCAAUCACCAUUUCAAUCUCAGUUUCAACAAAGCAGCCCACUUUUCCCUCAGCAACAGCAGCAACAGCAACAAUUCCCGCAAUUUCAGCAACAGCAGCAACCACAACUGCAACAGCAGCAGCAGCAACAACAACAACAACAGCAACAACAGUUGUAUCUUUUUACUAAUGAUAAAGCUCCUGCCAGUUACAGUACCAAAUGGGCUGAUCUCCACCCUGAUUCCCAGAAGUUUCUGCUCCAGAUCGAGGAGCGGAUAUUGGAGUACAGGGAUGAGAGCCAGAGGCUAGAUCAGUGUAGUCGCCUUUAUGAUUCUGCAUUUUCCUAUGAGGGUUUUGAGCUUGAUGCUGGACAUAUUAUUCAGGAGCUUGGGGGAAUCAGUACUUCUAUGGAGAGACAAAAAACUCUACUACAGGAGCUUAUGGUCAAUGUUAAAGAUAUGUUACGGAACACGGAGAUGGCUAUCCGUUCUUUCAUGAUGCUACGCCCUAGGUUCUUUCGUCCCAAUGCAGGAGGUGCUUCAAAUGCUGCUGCACCAUCUCAGCCAUCUGGAGCAGCAGCUGCAGCAGGUUCUACUGGUCAAACAGCGUCCGCCUCUAUUUUGCCAGUCUUUGAUUUCUACAGUGGGCUCCCUAAGAAACCAUCACCAUUUUUGCAGCAAACAGUUGCUAGAUUUGAGAAAUAUUUGGGUGAAUGCCGCCAGUGGAUUGAAGAGUUAGAGCAAUUGCUCCUCUUAGAUUCUGACCGGAACUCUUCCCACCCUGGUACCUCAUUAUUGCAGUCUCUUCCAAAAGUCAUGGAAAAUUUGCACGACUUCUUUGUUCAUGUCACUUCUAAGGUGGAGAGCAUUCAUCAGUACAUUGAAUCUAUGAGAACUGCCUAUCUGGCUGACCAGCGCCGUCGAGGGGAGUUGAACGAUCCAUUCCUUGAGGCUGAUAGGCGGGAAACAGCAAAGCAAGAAGCUGCUGCUAAGCGGGUACAUCCAACUUUGCAUUUGCCUCCAAAUUCACAGCCUUCAACACAGGUUGCUGGGUUGUUUGCGAGCUCAGCAACUCCUGGAGCAUCAGUUGCCCCACAGACAUCUGCAGCAACAGCAUCCGCAUCUUCUGGAAGUGGGUUCUCUCUUUUCAGUACACCUUCUACUGCAGCAUCUUCUUCUUUGCCGUCAUCAUCUUUAUUUGCAACACCAACAGCCUCUGCAAAUGUAUCCUCUUUGUUUGGAUCAUCUGGUGCUUCCCCACAGCCUUCACUUUUUGGUUCAUCAUCAGCAUCAUUACUUGGUCCAACUUCAACUCCCUCCUUGUUUAGCGGUGUUGCUACACCUUUUGCUUCUAGCACACCUCCUGGAGGUUCACUAUUUUCAACACCAUUUGCAUCAGGUGCUGCAGCAACAUCAGGAUCUAGCUUUGGGACAACAUCUAAACCAAGACCAAAAUCUCGUACAGCUCGAAGGUAGUCACAAUGGCUUCAGGUGAUUAAAUAUUAAAGGGAACUUCUUAUCUCUGCCCAAAUGAUCGCUUCUACUGGGAUCCUUAAAUUUCAUUGCCAACAUGAAUUUCUUGCUCCCAAAAUGCCUUCAUAUCCGCUACUUUCAGUCUCAGUACAUUUGUUGGGUUAAGAAAAUCAGAUUCACUUUUCAUAUGCUGCUGCAACACAGCCUUCCAAAUCUGCUUUUCUUCCUUAGGGCUGUAAAUGCCUCGUGAGGAUGCUCCCAAGAUCCAUGAUCCUGUAAACAUUGUAUGAUAAAUUUUAUUAGAGGGUGUUUUGAGAUAUAGAUUAGAGUCUGAUAAGAAGCAAAACUUCUCCGGUUGUUGCUUGCAUAUUGUACCAAUGAACUAAAGAGUCUAGUCUAUAUACUUGUAGCACUCAGCAGAAACAUUUUACAUUGGAUAGAUCACCUGUGACUUGCACUUAUUUACAUUUUUUUUAAUCUUAUUUUUCAAAGGGAAGUCUAUUUCGAAGGGAA